UACUACCAAAUGAUGACAAAGUCCCGUCCUUCUUCUCUUCCCUCUUUGGUUCGGUCACAACAAUUGACUAAUUUCUUUACUCUUACCAGCCUCUGGCAAUUUCUCUCCUCCAUCUUCCUUCUUCAGUUUCCGAACCCAGCCAAUCAUGGCUUUGGUGAACCCGUUUCAAACUUCUCUGGUUUUUCGUCUUUCCCACCGGCCAUCGAAGCAGAAUUCGCCACCGGUACUUCUUUGCUCUCUCUCAUCACAGCCCUUCAAACAAUUAUCAGCGAGGGGGAGGCAUGCAAGGUGUGGCGCCAUCGCAGAUGUGAAAGAUGCACCUUCGCUUGAUCACAAAGACGAGGAAGAUCACAAGGUUCUUGUGGGUCCUUCCAGCCAGGAAGAGCUUAGAGGUGAUCGGGACGUUGCGGAUUACGACUGGACCGAAGAAUGGUACCCCCUGUAUCUCACUCAAAAUGUGCCCGACGAUGCGCCUCUAGGUCUCAAAGUGUUUGAUAAGCAGCUCGUAUUGUUCAAGGACGGGAAUGGCGAACUUCACUGUUACGAAGAUCGUUGCCCACACAGGUUAGCCAAACUAUCUGAGGGCCAAUUGGUUGAUGGUAGGCUUGAGUGCCUAUACCAUGGUUGGCAGUUUGAAGGCGAAGGGAAAUGUGUGAAGAUACCUCAGCUUCCAGCUGAUGCCAAAAUCCCUCGUUCAGCUUGUGUUAAAACGUACGAGAUCAGGGACUCUCAAGGAGUGGUGUGGGUGUGGAUGUCUCGAAAGACUCCUUCUAAUGUUACUAAGCUACCAUGGUUUGAGAACUUUGCUAGGCCAGGGUUUCAAGAUGUGUCCACAACUCAUGAACUUCCUUAUGAUCACUCCAUACUGCUGGAAAACCUGAUGGAUCCUGCUCACAUCCCCAUCUCACAUGAUAGAACAGAUUGGACUGCUAAAAGAGAAGAUGCGCAGCCACUGUCUUUUAAGGUGACUGAACGCACUGAAAGAGGAUUUGCAGGUUGGUGGGGGAAAGAGAAAGAUGGGUCUAUGCCAAACUUUUUACGGUUUGAAGCUCCUUGUGUUCUCCAAAAUAACAGGGAAAUUGUGGACAAAAAUGGUGAGAAGCACUACUUUACAGGCCUCUUCCUGUGUACGCCAACGGGGCAAGGGAAAUCCUUGCUGAUAGUAAGGUUUGGAACAACUAAAAGAUCCCCACUAGCAAAACUGUUCCCUGAAUGGUACUUCCAUCAGAAUGCAAGCAAGGUGUUUGAGCAAGACAUGGGAUUCUUGUCGUCUCAAAAUGAGAUUCUAUUGAAAGAAAAGGUCCCAACAAAGGAACUGUACCUUAAUCUGAAAUCUUCAGACACAUGGGUUGCUGAAUACAGGAAGUGGAUGGACAGAGCAGGACAUGGCAUGCCAUACCAUUUUGGUCACAGCACCAUUUCACUGCCCAAGGAGCCUGCUGUGGUUGAACACGCCCCUGCCGGACUUGUCGCCGGACUCUCGGCUUCUUUGCCUGCUAAGGGAGGCAUUGGAAGCAUGCAUGCUCCAAACUUGGCUAAUAGAUAUUUCAGGCAUGUAAUACAUUGCAAAGCGUGCAGAAGUGUCGUCAAAGCUUUCCAGACUUGGAAGAAUGCACUCUCAGCUGUGGCUAUUGCAAUGGUUGCAUUGGCAAUCCUGGCGACUGGGAGGCAGUGGAAGGCACUUCUGUUGGUAUCUGCGUCCAUAUGCUCAGCUGGAGCCUAUGCAUGUUCAACCGCCAUCGCAAUGAAUACUACAAAUUUCAUUAGGACACACAGGAGACUCUGAGGGAUUAAUGUUACAAAUCUCGUUACGCUUUUAUGCUUCUCACAGUUGAUAGUUUUGUGGAAAUGAUAUAUGGUUAUUUACCACCCUAUCUUUAACUCUCUUGUAUUACACCUAACUAUAAGAAAGGAUUAGAAGUUAUGCCCUCCUAAAA